CGGAGGAGGCAUCCUCUCAGAUUCGGACAAACAAGAGAGGGAAAAUAAUUAAGAUGCAUACCAGGAGUGGGCUUUGCUACCCUCGGCCAUCGCCGGCGGCGUCACCGCAUACGGUUAAAAGGGGCUUUGAUGGCUAUUGCAGCGAACCUCGGAAACGAGCUCGCUCAGUGGAGCAGAACAUCGAUUUCUUCAACGGCCUCCCGGACGACCUUGUCCUCCUCAUCCUCUCCAAGCUCUCCGCCUCCGCUGGCUCUCCUUCAGAUCUCAUCAGCGUCCUCCUCACAUGCCGGAGAUUUAACCAAUUAGCAAUACAUAGAAUAGUUCUUUCCAAGCUAUCCGUCAAGGGGACUGCAGUAAGGGCUAAGAACUGGACGGAAUCAACCCACCGAUUUCUAAAAAGUUGCGCUGAAGCAGGAAACCUCGAGGCCAGCUACAGUCUUGGCAUGAUCUGUUUCUACUGUUUGCAAAACAGGGGACUCGGAGCAUCCCUAAUGGCAAAAGCUGCCAUGGCGUCUCACCCUGAAGCUCUCCACUCCCUCUCCAUCAUCCAAUUCAAUGGUAGCGGUGGAUCUAAGAACGACAAAGAUCUCCGCGCCGGAGUCGCUCUCUGUGCCCGCGCCGCCUACCACGGCCACAUAGACGCGAUUCGCGAGCUCGGGCACUGUCUCCAGGAUGGCUACGGCGUGCGGCAAAACGUCGCCGAGGGGCGGCGCUUCUUAGUCCAAGCCAACGCCAGAGAACUCGCAGCGGUGAGGAAAGGUAGAGUACCUGUAAAGUUCUCUCCAUGUUCCCUUCUUAGUGACUUCGGAUGCAACGUGCCGACGCCGGAGGUGCAUCCGGCGAACCGCUUCAUGGUGGAGUGGUUCGCGGAAAGGGGUGGACCGGCUGCUGCUGGUGAAGGAGGAGAGGGGCUAAGGAUGUGUUCGCAUGUUGGUUGUGGACGGCCGGAGACGCGGCGUCAUGAGUUCCGGCGAUGUUCUGUUUGUGGGGCCGUUAACUAUUGCUCGCGAGCGUGUCAAGCGAUGCAUUGGAAGAUGGCGCAUAAGGGCGAGUGUUCGCCCAUGGAUCGGUGGCUUGAUGGGGAGGGUGCGUUGGAGGUGGAGCAAGGUGGCCUGAUUGUCGCCGGCCAAGCUCCGGCAGCGGCGGAAAAUGAUAAUAUGGAAGAAAAUUUGUAGGAAAGGGGAGGAUGUAUUUUGUAGGAGGGUUUCUGAGGUUUUCCUUUUCUUUUGUUUUUUGUUAAUUUAUUUAAUAUUUUUGUGGAAUAGUUGAGGCAUGUUUCUACUUUCUUUUGAAGAUCUUAUUUCA